GAAAGAUAUCCGCUGUUUUUCGCGUGUGGGUGUGAAGAAGCAGCACGUGUUUCACCUUGUUUCCGUCGUACUUGGGUCAAGGUGCUCACGUUGUGCGUCACCUGCCACACACAUACCCGGAUGAGGCGCCUUGAUAGGACUAUUAAAAACCGCUAUCUUUUUACUUUCAUUAAGGUUUCUUCUUCUCCCUAUUUGCUACGCUAACUAACAGUAACUAAGGUUUUUUUCUCCUUAUUUUAACUCGCAUUUCUCUGUUCAGCUCCCGCUCUCUCUUGUGUAUUAUUGUAAUUUUCUCUUGUAUACCCGCCAUGGUGCGCGUACGCUCUCUCGCCAAGGAGCUGCGCCAUCUCGAGAAGCAGAAGCAGUCCGCCUCGACACCGUCGCCGCCACCCGCAGGCGUAGAGGAUCGCGCAGUUGACCUCAACACCACGAGCACUUCAGUUUCUCCCAGUGACACGAACACGAGGUCGUCCAAUGCGUCUACCACGUCAAGAGAGGACGACGCAGUCCCUCACCGCUGUUCGCCGACCGCACAAGCAGAAAAGGCAGCGUCUGCGCCGUGUUCUUCCUCCUCCUCUGCCAGCCCGAAGGAGGGGGGAGCGGCACGUCGUGAAUCUCAGCACACUGCAAAUAGCAACAGCAGUGACUCGGACGAGCGAGGCGCCUAUGCAAGUUCGACGAAGGACGGAGGCGAUGACGAUGGACCGCGCAAACACACAAAGGGCACAACGAGCCUCUUCGCACUCGGUGGGAGUCGGUUCGACAUUUUGGUGAACGGCUCGUACGGCGAUGGGGCGGCGUGUCGGAAGUCUGAGGUGCGCAAGGCCGCCAAGGUAUGCUCGAACGGCAAGGAUGCUCUGCAGCGCAGUCAGGAAGAUCUGACUGCGACUGGAGAAGAGCCAGCGUCGAAAGUGCAAAACAGGGUAAUGGGGGACAAUGCGGGGAGUGGGAAUGACACUCCUGACGAGGCUGCUGCUGCUCCUUCGCCUCCGCUCGGUGCGUCGUGCGGCAUCCCGGCACGCUUUCCUUUCAAACGGCUCCUCGCCCAGCCGUUUAGCCACAUCCUCGUCUGCGACUUUGAGGCAACGUGUGCGAGCGGCAGCGUGCACUACCCGCACGAGAUCAUCGAGUUCCCGGUAGUGGUGCUGGACACGGCGACGCUGCGCAUCGUGGCGGAGUUCCACCGCUACGUCAAGCCCGUGCGCAACCCGAAGCUGACAGCGUUCUGCACGGAGCUGACGGGGAUCACACAGGAGAUGGUGGAUCAGGCGGAUACCUUGCCGGUCGUUGUGGGGCACUUCCAGCGGUGGCUGGAGCAGGAGGUCUACCCGUUGUGUGCUGUGUGGGCAAACCACUACGGGCCAGAGAAGCUCUCCCGCCACCUUCAAUCUGAGCAGAAGCGGUUUGUGUACGACGAUCGCACGGAGGUGGCCAGGGCAAACGCACGCUACGAGGCGAUGAUUUGCAUGGCCACUGAUGGGCCAUGGGACAUGCGUCGCUUCAUGCACGAGUGCAGCGUCAUGCGAGACGGGGUCGCCUUCCCGCCGCUGUGCUACCGCUACCUCAACGUGCGACACAGCUACGGAGACCACUUCAAGUGCCGUCAGGUGAAGCUGACACACAUGCUGCGGCGCAUGAGUAUGUCGUUUGAGGGUCGGCGGCACAGCGGCAUUGAUGACACACGCAACAUCACCCGUGUGCUCGCGGAGCUGAUGGCGCGCGGGUACCGUGUGCAUCAUGUGAGCACGAUUAAGUACUCGCACGGCGGCGAUGCAUUUUUGCAGAGUAAUAAGGCGGCACAAGAGCUCUUGUCGGAGUAUGGCGAGAUCAGUAAGACGCACACGAGCCGGCACAGCCACGCACGCAAGAACGCGGCAAAAAGCGGUAGAGGUAAACGAUAA